AUGAUAACAGCAAGUGCUAUUCUCAAACUGAAGUGGGACAGCGGUGUCAAUCUCGAGGAAGUGAAAAAUGAACUAUUUGAAACAGUAAUUGGUGAUCUUGAAUCACUCCAUAUUUCUAAAACCCCUCCCAAACACAAGACAAAUCAUAUCUUGACCGACGUGACUUGGUCACUCGCAAGAAACAUAAUCGCUGCAACUAACAACAAGAUCAGUCUUGGAGUUGAAAACAUCCUGGAGAAUCUUUCGCAAGACGAAAAAGACCAACUGACAAGAGCAAACAUAUUCUAUUUCGACUGGAUAGGACAGUAUGUGACAUUUCAAUCCACUCUCGUCCAUUCCUACUUUAAAAGUGCAAUCGAAAGAGAAAAGUUGAUGGAAAAUGGGACAAACCAGCAACCCAAGUAA